AUGAAGAUUGCCUGUCUACAGUUUGCGCCUCAGGUCGGGGAUGUCGACAACAACCUCAACCGGGCUGAUGCCGUACUGAACAAGGCGCGCACGGGGGAUCUUGAUGAUUUGGACUUGCUUGUACUGCCGGAACUUGCCUUUACAGGUUACAACUUCAAGUCGCUACAACACAUCUCUCCCUGUUUGGAACGUCGUGAUUCUGGAAUCAGCUCUCUCUGGGCUCGAACUACCGCCCUGAAACACGAUUGCGCCGUUGUAGUAGGGUAUCCGGAGAAGGUGGACAUGAGCGCAAGAUGGCCAGCGAACCCAGAGCACUACAACUCAGCGCUUAUCGUAAACCGAGAUGGCGAUACUGUUGGCAACUACCGCAAGCUACACCUAUUUUAUACCGAUGAGACCUGGGCACUCCAAGGGCGGGAUGGUUUCUUUCGGGGCAAUGUCGAAGGCUUGGGGAACGUUGCUUUGGGUAUUUGCACUGACAUAAAUCCAUACGAGUUGGAAACACCAUGGGAAGCUUUCGAAUUCGGAUUUCACGUCAUGGAAGCACACGCAAAUGUGGUCAUAGUCAGCAUGGCCUGGCAAUCUCAACAGGAUCCCAGCCAAUACACCCGUCGGCCUCACGAGCCGGAUCUCGAGGCCCUGGUGUACUGGGUUCAGCGUCUUGAGCCUCUGAUCCGGGAGGAUAGUGAGGAGGAGAUUAUCGUCGUCUUUUGCAACCGGACUGGUGCUGAAGACGAUGUGAUGUACUCGGGAACAAGUGCCGUCUUGGGCAUCAGAGGAGGGGAAGUUUACGUGUAUGGGGUCCUCGGACGUGGAGUGAAGGAGUUACUUGUGGUCGACACGGACCAGCCUCCACUCAGCAAGUUGACCGAUGCCUCAGGGGUCGAGGCCGAGAAUCCUUACGCCGAGGAAACCGACGUCGAGACUGAGCCCGUCAAGCGCCGUGCGCAGGCCCUCGAGAUCCAGAUACCGGCCAAGAAGACGCCCAAAGAGCCACCAACAUCGCACCCGAUCAGCAGUCGCAUAGAGGCUGUGUCAGCAACCCCCAAGUCUGUGUCUUCUGCUCGGUUGCCCUGGCUUGCACCAGCUGAGCCUGAUGCCCAGAGUCCCGGCAACCCCCGAUCACCUACUCGACUGCAGAUACCUGUAACACCAGUGCGACCGAGUGCGGAAGAAUUCACUCUCAUCGACAGCGCCAUUGCCGAAGACAUUGCCAUUCCCACAGCAAGAUCAUCGCGGACUCCAAGCCCGGACCUGAAGGCAACAUCGCGUCCUUCGAGGCUAUCAAUACCAACGACCCCGUGGAAGUUUCGAGACAAGGCCAGCCCUUACCCAUGGCAAUACCGAGAUGGGUCGCAGUCAGCUCUUUUUGGUGGGGGAGCUUGCAUGACGCCAAUAACACCGUUUGAAGUUGAGGAGGGCUGGUUGGGGACACCCAUUGAUGCUAAACCACCAAACUGGUACUGGAAGCACGAUCACUCACUCUCCGCCGUCAAAGAGGCGAUACAAGAGGAGGAAGAGGUGUCGCCGGGGAGCUCCUCAAAGCCAACCCAGAAGGUGGGAGGGCUUGAACCAGCAAAGACACAGCAAGACGCCUCUAAAGUCCGAGAUGCCACACCGAUCGACACAGAACCGCCAAAUUGGUACUGGAAGCACGAGCCACAGUUGUCUUCUCUUGACGAGAUACUCCACGAGGAAGCAGAAGGUGAACAAACCGAGACAGGAGAGAGCCCCAGACCGGAACAAGCCGCACCGUCAAAACCCACUAGUACCACCGUGGCAGAGGAUGUCUGGGUAGCCACACCCAUCGACAAUGAAGUUCCAGAUUGGUACUGGAAACACGAGCAAACGCUACCCUCCCUCAACGAAACAGCACAAGAGGAGCCUGAAGAGGACGAGUCAGAAGCAAAACAACAAGAAACAUCCAGACCACGCCAAGUCUCAGCAGAAGACGUCUGGGUAGCAACCCCAAUCGAAAACGAGGUCCCAGACUGGUACUGGAAACACAAACAAACACUGCCCUCCCUUGACGAGUCAGAAGACGACCCGCCACGGAAUGCCCCCCAACCAGCCACCAUCACCACCACCACCACCACCCCAGCAGCAGCAGCAGAAGAAGAAGAAGAAGAAGAAGAAGAAGAAGAAGACCACACCCCCACCCCCAUAGAGGAAGAACCCCCCGAUUGGCACUGGAAACACGAACAGACCCUCCCUCCCCUCAACGAGGAACACCCAUCCCCUUCCCACUCCCAAGACUGGGCAGACCUCUCCUCUGUGUUGGCUAGUUUCAAGAUACACCCAAAGUCAGCGUUGAGCAACUCCAGUGCUGCGCAGGAUAUUGGUGCGGAGAGGCCUAGCUCGCCCAAAUCGCGGAAUGCGAGUCGGUCGAGGCAGAUUUAUAGCUCGAUGGAGAAUUAUGAUUGGGAGCAGGGGCAGCAGCAGGCGAGGGUGGGUGGUAUGCAGGUCCUUGGUGGUGGUGGUGGUGGUAGUGGUGGUGGGGUGAGGAGGCAGUCGUCGCGGUUGAGGAAUGGUGUGAUGAUAGGGGAUGGUGUUUCUGAUGUUGAGGAGGAGGAAGAGCAAGCUCACGCCCGAGGGAGGGUUGGGUCCAGAUACCGGAGUGUAAGCCGUGGUCGCCAACCUGGGCGGGUGAGGGGGGCAGGGAUGGAGGUUGAGGGGUCGGGUUCGAGGCAUGGGGUUUUGCUACAGCAGAACAGUCUACGAGAUGGCAUAUCCCUACCGCGACAAAGUUGCCAAAAUCUGCAAGACAAGCGGCCAGAACAGCAACAGGACGACAGUUAUCGACAGCACAAACCAAGCAUAGAUUACGCCGCGCUGCCUAACUGGCCUUUUCCCCCUUCGCCGGAGGAUAUCAUUAAACCGGCUGGGACUUUGUCGAAUCUGUCCGUGGUGACGGUGGACGAUGAUCACAGUCCGGAGACGCCCAAGAUAAUGGGGAUGGGGGUGGCGAUUUCGCCGGUGGGGGAGGAGUAUGAGGAGUUUGAGUAUGGGUAUCGUCAUGGGGAGUGGGACGGUUGGGAGGGGAGUAAGAGGAGUUUGUUGAAUGAGGAGUGGGUGGGGAGGAGGGGAAGGAGGGGGAGGGUUUGA